CGGGGCACAUCGGCUCGUCAGCGCGCAGGCGAAUCACACGACUACCUACACGUUGUUUUUUUGGACGUAUUUGUGGAUAUUAAUACCAUAUUCUUCCCCAUAUCGAGGACGUAUAAAUACACACACAAGUGACCCACAACGUGACCCCUCCUCCCCCCUCCCGUGCGCUGUCGCUUUAACGGUGAACACCUCCCCCGCCCCCCUCCCUUCGCCCCCAAUAUCUGAACCCCCCCCACCCUCUACACACAAACCCACAGAGGCACCAUGGACGGAUUCUAUGACCAGCAGGUCCCUUUCAUGGCCCCGCCCACACAGCACAGGUCCCACCUGGAGGACCCGCCUCACCUCAGGCCCCCGGGCGACCGCAAGAGGAAGUUCGUGGACACGGAACUGGCGCAGGACACGGAAGAACUCUUCCAGGACCUCAGCCAGCUGCAGGAGCUCUGGAUCGCAGAAGCCCAGGUGCCCGAUGACGAGCAGUUCGUCCCGGACUUCCAGUCCGACAGCUUGAUGUUUCACGGCCCGCCGCCAGCUAAGAUCAAGCGGGAGCUGGCUCCCUCCAAAGAGUUCUCGCCCUGUCGCCAGGACCGGAGCCCCACCCCCUACGGAGAGAAGUGCCUCUACAGCUACAGUGCCUGUGACAGGAAGCCCAGUCCCGGGUUCAAGCCGUUGACUCCGCCCUCGACGCCGGUCUCUCCUCGCGGCGCAACCGCGACGCAUCAGACUCCGCCCCCUCCUCUCCCCAACGUCCAGCAGCAGCCCGCAGCGGCGAGCGCGGGCGUCCCCAACCAGCGGGCGCCGCCGGGCCACGGCCCGCCCUUCAUCGGCCAGGAUGCCAACGCCUUCGCGCCCGAGCACAGGUUCCAGCGGCAGUUGUCGGAGCCGUGUCUAUCGUUCCCCCCAUCAGAGAGGCAAGGGCGCCCCCAGUUCCUGCACAAGCCUCCCAACAACAACAACAACAACAACAACAGCAGCGUGCCACGUGACGGCCGGCCGCCGUACCACCGCCAGAUGUCGGAGCCGCUGGUAGCUCCGCCCCCUCAGGGCUUCAAGCAGGAGCUGGUGGACCCGCGCUGCGCGGAGCACGGCGUCCCCAGUGCGGGGCGGGCGGCGUUCCACCCCAUGGCCGUCAAGCCGGAGCCGCGAGACUACUGCUUCGAUUCUGAAGUGCCGAACUGCCAGUCGUCGUUCGGGAGGAGCUUCUACCAAGGUCACCAUGAAGGUCAAGGUCACCAUGAAGGCUUCUCCUUCGACAGAGACCAGCUGUACUUGGAUGACGCCUGUGUGGUCCCUGAACGACUAGAAGGUAAAAGAUCGAGAGAGAGAGAGAGAGAGAGAAGCAGGAAGUCACAGUCACGCGGCUCUGCAGGUCAGGCAGGAGCCGGUGCCCCCGUGUUCCGGGCGGCCCCGCCCGCCGCGCGGCUCUCCCUGCUGUGGCAGUUCCUCCUGAAUGCUGCUGGCGGACACUUACACUUCAUUCAUGGCUUGGACGCCUGCGGCAUGGAGUUCAAGCUCAUCGAGCCGAUCCUCGCCGUCGUGGCGUUUCCUCAGGUGGCCGGUGAGCGCUACGUGUACAAGUUUGUGUGCGACCCCGAGGCGCUCUUCUCCAUGGCGUUCCCCGACAACCAGCGGCCCAGCCUGAAGGCGGACAGCCUGGACGACGACACGGUGCCCCUCACCCACUACGAGGACGCGGCGCCCUACCUGCAGGACGCCGUGGAGCAGUGCGUGGCCGGCCUGCCCUUCCCGGACGGAUACUAAUAUAUAUAUAUAUAUAUAUAUAUAUAUUCAGAGAUGGGAACUUGCCGAGCCGCCUGGAAGGAAAGCCUGGCGCUCCCCCCCCCUCCCCCGUCCCUGGAAAACCUUCGUGGAACUCUGAAUGAAUGAGGGGGAAGCCGGCGGCGACUCGUCUACUGCGAGAGCGACGGGGUUGUGAAACCGCUGAGGGGGAACUGGACUGCAAAAAAAAGGGGGUGGGGGAGAUUCAAUUCAAUUCAGUUUAUUUGUAUAGCCCAAUUUCACAAAUUACAAAUUUGUCUCGGAGUGCUUUACAAUCUGUACACAUAGACAUCCCUGACCUUUGACCUCACAUCGGACCAGGAAAAACUCCCAAACAACCCUUCAGGGGGAAAAAAGGGAAGAAACCUUCAGGAGAGAACAGAGGAGGAUCCCUCUCCAGGAUGGACAGGACAAUAGAUGUCAUGUGACCAGAAGGACAGAUUUAGAGUUAAAAUACAUUCAAUGAAUAUGACAGAGUGUAUGAAUAGUUCAUAGUAGGCAUAUUCCACGAUGGAGACCUCCACGAUCCAUCAGGCAGAUGGCGGUGGGGAGGAGGAGUGGGCGGAGUCUCAACAGGACAGUGGCGCAGUCAGGAGCAGGAAUUCCACGACCCAGACCUCGAUGAUCCAUCAGGCAGAUAGGAUCUAUGCCGUCUCAUAGGGUCCAAUGACCCCAUGAGACGUGAAGUCACAAGGACUCCGGGGAGAAAGCAGAGUUAGUAACGUGUGAUUGAGAGAUAAAAAUUCAUCCCUAUAGAGAAAAGAGGAGAUAGGUGCUCAGUGCAUCCUAAACGUCCCCCGGCAGCUAUAAGCCUAUAGCAGCAUAUCAAGGGGCUGGACCAGGUGAACCUGAUUCAGCCCUAACUAUAAGCUCUGUCAAAGACAUCGCCACGGAGACCAAACCAAGCGAGGUCACCUAGCCCUCUUUUAUUUAUUUUUUAAGAACCGGCGACGCCCCUCUCUUUAUACGAGAGCCGUCACAUUUCUGAUUUUGUGACGAUCUGCUUUUUCUUAAAAACAAUCAAGUAACCGAGAGCAAAAAUAUGAAAUAUAAAAAAAUAACAAAAUGUUUAACGAGACGCCCAAAGACGCAGCGCGCUUUUCUAUCGUUGCCUUUUUUGGUCCCGCCCCCUCAUGUCGCCACAUCCGAACUACAAGAUCCGUUAAAGGGCUUUAAUUUGCAAAAACGGAAUUUAUAAUAAUAAUUAUUAUUAUUAAACAACGCAUACACAACAUAAUCAAAUAUAGACUUGUUUUUCUUUUUAACGCCGUUGUCCGAGAUGAAGAGCGCUCCGUAUCCUCCGCUUCAAAAUGGCCGCAUAUUCUCCGAGAGGCGUUGAUAAUAUAUUUUUAAAUGUUUUUAAAAAGAGUGUCUCCCCCUAAACGCUCCUUUUUGUUUUAUUUUCAGUUGUUUAUAGUUCGGUCCGGUGCUUGAUGUUCUUGGCAGUGAACUCGUCCCUCUGUGGCGGAGCGUCAGGACGCUGCAUGCAAAGUCAAACAAACUGAAGUGAAGAGCGGCGCCUCUGCAUGACGUCAUCGCUCAAGACUCAACAGAUCGCUUCAACCCACGAGGACGGCAUUUGGGAUAUUCUCCAUUUGGUUUUUUUGUUGCUCAUUAUCUAUGUUUCUGAAUGGGGGGGGGGGGGCAGAGACAAACGUAUAUAAAGUAUAUAUUUUUGCUAUAAGGCUGCAUUUUGUUUUUUGAUUUUAACGUAUAAGCUGUAUAGUUUAGCCUCUGAUGGACAUAAAAACAGAUCCUCUACGACGCCGCCGCUGCGUACUGUUCCUUUAAGAAGUCUCGAGGUGGAUGAGAAGUGUGUGUGUGUGUGGGGGGUCAGCUGACUAGCUGCUGUGGUCGUCUUUGACCCGGUUGAGGUCUCGAGUCACAUGCUUCCUCUUCUGAGUAAAUGAUUUCUCUUUUUAACCCUCUGCGAAUAGAAGAACAACAACAAUCUCAUGUU